GGAACCAAAAGAAUGUUUACAUUCACAACAACAACUUGCCUUUGAUUUUUUAAAGUCUUACAGAAUGUCAACUGUUGACGAAAAGCAGGACCCUCCCACAGUAGACCAAAUAAGUCAGGGAAGUGAGAAGUGGUUGAAUGCUUACUAUGAUCCAGUAGCAUCUCUAUAUACCUUGACACAAUGUGUUGCCUUAUCAGAUAUACAGGCUGAUGGGGAUUGGAAACUUGUUAUUGCAGAUUUGGGAACUGGAUCAUAUGACAUGAAGUUGAAAGUUUAUAAAGGCACAAAUGUGAUGAGUGAAAAUGCGAUUAUAGAUUUACCAACUGGUGUUGUGACCUUUUAUAUGGAUGUGAAUGAACCAAGAACUCCAGCUGUAGCAGUAGCCUCAGGACCCUAUAUUUAUAUUUACAAGAAUCUACAUCCAUAUUUCAAGUUUACCUUGCCAACCCUAGAUGUCAAUCCUGUAGAAUUAGACCUCUGGAACCAAGUAAAAGAGGAAAAGAUAAACAUUUUUGUACUUAGAGAAAUGUUAGAAGGCAUGAGAGCUGAAGGUGCUGUUUUGACUGUAAGAUCCUUACGAUUUCUCCAGCUACAAGAUGUUCCUGAUUGUGAAGCUUUUGCCAACAUGUAUAAACAUACACCUCUUAGAAGACAGACAGUUAUUACAUGUUUAGCAACAAUGAAGAAGUCUUUAGCUGAUGAAGAUGCCAUUAGUUGUUUAGUAAUAGGUACAGAAAGUAAAUCAAUAUAUGUACUGGAUCCUGAAGCUUUCACAGUCCUUACUACAAUUGAUCUACCCAGUGUACCUGUGUUCCUUAGUGUGACUGGUUUAUAUGAUGUAGAAUACAGAAUUGUUGUAGCUUGUAGAAAUGGUUGUAUAUACACCCUGAAAAGCGAUUAUAAUUUGAAGAGGGGAAGUUCAGACUACCUAAAACAUUGUAUAGAGCUGAACUCACAGCCAGUUGGCUUAGAAAGAAUAAACAAAACAAUAUACGUAGGAACUAUGGAUGAAACCAUGCAUUGUUUCACAUCUAAGGGUAAGAAGGUUUGGACUGUAAAGUUACCAGCUAGUAUUACUACAAUGGAAACAAUGGAUUAUCCAUCUAAAGGAUUUAAAGGUGUCAUCCUAGCUCUUAAUAACUGUCAGGUCCAUCUCUACAAGGAAAAGUAUUUAGUCAAUGUUAUUAGUACAGAGGACAUUGUAACUGGUCUGAAGUUUGGUAGAUUUGGGAGAGAAGACGCUACAUUAGUAAUGACCACUAGAGGAGGAGGAUUACUAAUAAAGAUCCUGAAGAGGAAUGCAACAUUUGAAGAAAAAGAUAUAUCAGCAGGACCUCCAGCAGCACAGAAUACAAAGCUAAAUGUUCCAAAGAAAACUAAACUAUUUGUAGAUCAGACAAUGAGAGAGAGGGAAAAUGCAGUGUCAAUGCACAGAACAUUUCAGAGAGAUUUAUACUUAUUAAGAUUGAAUACAGCUAGAGAAUAUGCCAAGUCAUUAGAAAAUAGCAUGAACCCUAUAUCAUCUGACCCUAUGGAGCCACUUAAACUAAAUGCCACAGUGCAAGGAAUUGGUCCAACGUUUAAGCUGACAGUCAACUUACAGAAUACUUCAUUAAAUCAAGCAUCAUCCAACCUAAUCAUCACAUUCCAGUAUGAUGAAAAGUUAUAUGUGUUCAAGAAAGCAUACCUACAGGUUCCAAUGCUAGUUCCAGGUUUGAACUAUGCCUUCGACACAUUUGUUGAAUGUCAGAGUGAUAAAGGAAUAUCUGAUAAUGUCAAGGUGUUUGUUUUAAAAGAAGGAAAGAGUAUACCCAUUAUAACAGGUGUGAUAAGUAUGCCAGUUAGUGAAUCAUUAGUUGUUGUGUAGUUUACAUUUGGGAAGUUGGACCAAUGAAGUAGGAAGGAGAUCUGCAGACAUCAAGGACAUAUUAUUUGUUGUAAAUGAGUGACAUUUGCGGAAAAACUAAAACCCGUGAUCGGUAACAACUACAGUGUCAAUCAGGACCAGCCAGCUGACAAUAAUUGUCCAAUAUGAAUCUCUUGUUUAAAGUUAUGAUUUAAAAAAAAACUGUUUUCUUUGUUAUCAUCACUUUUAGGAUAUAUUGAUUGUUACAACAAGAACUUUUUUUGAGAUAUUAUCAUCACUUAUUGAAGCCAGUGUGUACAUAAUAGUAGGAAGUAUGUCUAUUACACUUUAAUACUGUGGAAGUACUUUUAUUCAGGGGGUACCAAUUUUCAUGGUUUUCGUGGAUGACUUUAUCCACGAAAUUUAAGUGUCCAACGAAAUUAAACAAUCGUUGUCCAAAUCAAGACAUGGAAAGAUCCCCAUCAGUAGGUUGACUACUGAUAUGAUCUAGAGAAUAUAUUGAAUAACGCCAAAUCUGAGAAUACUUUCAUAGCAGUCACAGAACUACAUCCGUAUACAGGAUUAUACCCAUUUAAUCUUUAAUAACCUAAACUGUACAACUUUUGAUCUUUCAAUUCUCAUAAAACUAUUUUUGAUCGAUGAAAGUCAGAUUUCCGGUAUUGAUAUGGGUGUAUAAUAAAGUGUUCAUUUUAUAUCUUCAUGGUUCUCGUACAUGUUACAGUGAAUAUGUUUAUAAUCAGGGAUUAUGUAGAAUCCCUGAUUUUUCAGUGAAUAUGUAGAAUCACUAAACUCAUUAGUAAUUAUAUAUAAUCCCUGAAAAUGACCAGUGAUUUUACAUUAUCACUGAACAUUUUAAUGAUUAUUCUACAAAUUCCCUAGUAUAAUUUUAGGAAUUAUGAAUAAUUUAAGGAUCCUGCGUUUGAUAAAAAAAAUAUAAACAAAUUAUCAUUUUACUUUCAUAUUCCUUGCCAGAUGAAAUAGUUUUUCUUUUAAAAACAUGGGUUUCAGAUAAAGUUGAAGACUUCAAAAUUAAUAAUAUCAAGAUUCCCAUUAUAGCUAUAACUUUACAUGCCCGAUUAUGUAUUGUUUGUUAAUUUCAAAAAGCCAGCAUCAAAUGUAUAGUCAUGUCCUAUUUAUAAAUCUACAGAACAUGUUAUUUGUUGUACAUGUAAAACAAACGGUGAAGAUUAUUAUGGAACAUCUAAUUUUUUUAAUUUUUUGUUUGUUUUAAUGAAAAAGAAAUUCAAACAGAACUGUGAACUUACGCAUCAAAAUGUAUAGAAAAACUAAAGAUCGACAGUUAGAACAAAAUAUUAAGGGAAGCUGGCAUUUGGUGUAUUAUUCUCAUAGCAAUUCCACAGUGUUAAAAAGGGAAGGGAGUCCCAAAAAACAUAAUGGUAAUUGUUCUCACCAGAAUUUUCAUGGUUUUCGUGGAUGACUUUAUCCACGAAAUUUAAGUGUCCAACGAAAUUAAACAAUCGUUGUCCAAAUCAAGACAUGGAAAGAUCCCCAUCAGUAGGUUGACUACUGAUAUGAUCUAGAGAUUAUAUUGAAUAACGCCAAAUCUGAGAAUACUUUCAUAGCAGUCACAGAACUACAUCCGUAUACAGGAUUAUACCCAUUUAAUCUUUAAUAACCUAAACUGUACAACUUUUGAUCUUUCAAUUCUCAUAAAAAUAUUUUUGAUCGAUGAAAGUCAGAUUUCCGGUAUUGAUAUGGGUGUAUAAUAAAGUGUUCAUUUUAUAUCUUCAUGGUUCUCGUACAUGUUACAGUGAAUAUGUUUAUAAUCAGGGAUUAUGUAGAAUCCCUGAUUUUUCAGUGAAUAUGUAGAAUCACUAAACUCGUUAGUAAUUAUAUAUAAUCCCUGAAAAUGACCAGUGAUUUUACAUUAUCACUGAACAUUUUAAUGAUUAUUCUACAAAUUCCCUAGUAUAAUUUUAGGAAUUAUGAAUAAUUUAAGGAUCCUGCGUUUGAUAAAAAAAAUAUAAACAAAUUAUCAUUUUACUUUCAUAUUCCUUGCCAGAUGAAAUAAUUUUUCUUUUAAAAACAUGGGUUUCAGAUAAAGUUGAAGACUUCAAAAUUAAUAAUAUCAAGAUUCCCAUUAUAGCUAUAACUUUACAUGCCCGAUUAUGUAUUGUUUGUUAAUUUCAAAAAGCCAGCAUCAAAUGUAUAGUCAUGUCCUAUUUAUAAAUCUACAGAACAUGGUAAUUGUUCUCACCAGAAGUCUGAAAAGGGAUAUCACCUGGCCUUAAAAAAUGGUAUCUUGCUGGAACCAGUUCGAGGUUGCUAAUUCCCUUCUUUUUUUUGGGGGGGGGGGGGGGGUACCUACAGAUGUGUUUUUACUGAACACUUUCAGGGAUUCUAAAUAAUCACUGAUUAUACAAAUUCACUGUAACAUACAUAUAGAAAAUAAUUAUUUUAUGCUGGGCUUGAUUUUGAUAAGAAUUAUUUGACAGUUCAAGAUACAUUCAUAGCAUUUGUUUAUGAUACUGUUUUCUUUAGGUGACAUGUUUAUGGCCUAAUUAGCACCUUUGAUGGUCUUUAAUCUGUUGAUCAAUUUAUCAUGGGUUAAUUAGUGUUAUUACUACACUUUACACGAGUCAAUGUUUACUUUGCCAUUUCCUUCAAUCCAGAUUAUUUGCAACCUUCGUUUCAAAAGGCUUUAAUUUUCAAAUAUUUUUUUUUAGACUAAAAUCCACGAUCAUGUGAAUAUUGCUCAAACCACGAAAAUUGAUACCCACAAAUUAAAGUACUUUCACAGUAUCUGCAACUCUUCCUAUAUAUAAUUUUAUGAUAUUUAGGAUGCUUUUGAAAAUUUUCAGCGAUUAAUUGCAUUGUGCACUGAGUUAUUGUUGAUUUAAAAUUUUUAAUUGAUUUUUAUGGUUUCCUAAAAAAACAUUGGACUAUGCCAUAUCUACACAAAUAGGGAUAUAAAAGAACUAUUUGUUAGCUCUGCUCAGAAUUUUUUUAAAGUUAUAUUAGUUUCAUUGGUAAAGACAUCAGAGAACCAAUUAAAACUGAUCUUAACAUUUACAUUCAAUUGCACCUUAGAUGGAUAAAGGUAAAGGUUUGAAAGUAGUAAUAGUCCAAAUUGUGAAAAUGUUAUAAUUUUGUGCAUUCUGGAAUGAGAGAUUUUUGUUAUUUUGACUACAUGUUUUUUUUUUAUUCAAGAGUAACUGGUAAGGUUUUGUAGAUGAAACACAAAUUUUGCAUCCCAAAAUUUAAAGCCCAGUGUUUAUGAUGAGUUUAUUGUAUUUUCAGAAUUAAAUGUUUAUGAACAAUGGUGAUGUUGGUUUAUGAAACAGCAACUUUAAGUUUGCAUUUAUUAGUGGAAUCUUUUACAGCUGACACUUAUGUGAGAUUACAGUGACUUGAUUCUAAAAUAAAAUCUGAACCUUCAUAUAAGACUUUACUAUCAUGAAAAUAUACAAAUGAAAUGACCAAUAAGGAAUUCACAUCUGAUAAGGAUUGUUAGACUUAGUAUGCUUUCAUUUUACUUGCAUUCUUAUACCUGAUCCAUUGAUCUCUAUCCAGUUUUUUUCUGGAGACCGAAUUAUAAAUCUCAAAAAUUGCAAUGAAAAAUUCACACAUUAUUUACUGAAUUUACAGUGUCCAAAUUUUCACAUGCACAAGAAAGUGCUAUAAUAGUAAUUUAACUGGAUUAUAUCCUUUACAUAAAGCAAUUAUUGUUUCAUGUCUAAAAGUUUGCUACUAUACAUUUAGACUUAACAUGAACAUCAAAUGAUGAACUAGUAUUUUUCUCCUGUUUUGUAAAUUAAUAUAUAUGUUUCAUCUGUGUAUACAAUAUCUGUGAUAGUGAAUAAAUUAUUUUCAAAAAUUCU